AUGCCGCCGCCUGAUGAUUUUCGAUUACCGGACUUUCAAUUCUACAACGUCACGUGGGGCAUGACCUCCAACGAGUAUACUGCCGGCAUGUGGGACCAGCUUGAAGUCACUUUCAGAUUCAAACGAUUAUACGGGUAUUACGUGCUGCAGAUGUAUCUGCCCACCUAUUUAUCGGUGUUUAUUUCGUGGAUCGCGUUUUGGGUAGAUACGCGGGCCCUUCCGGCCCGGAUCACUUUGGGCGUCAGUUCGCUGAUGGCUCUAACAUUCCAGUUCGGUAACAUUGUCAAAAAUCUUCCGCGCGUAUCCUUCGUCAAGGCCAUCGACCUGUGGUUCUUCGUCUGCGUCGCGUUCAUCUUCUUCUCGCUCGUCGAGCUGGCGGUGGUCGGAUUUGUGGACAAAAUCACCGAAAUCCGAUGUCGUGCCCAUCGCGUGGCGCGCUACAAGCAACAACGCGGCAUUUCGGCAUGUAAAAAACUCCGAACGGAUGAUGUGCGGAUACCGGUGGCCCCGGUUCAUCGGCGACCGUCGGCCGCGGCGUGUCCACUGGCCAAGCAGGACUCGUCGAUCCGCUUCAGCCAUCUCAAUAACAACGAAGAGGAGUGGAAGUACACGAUCAACGGUCCCCGAUAUUCGAUGGCGAGAAUGUCGACACAAAUUGGCGAUUCCGAGCGAAGCGGGUCCAUUGGCACGCUACCAUAUCUGGCGAGCCGAAACGCGGCUGCUGGCGACCUGGGGGCCAGAGUGGAUGCGAUCGCGGCCAAGACGUUUCCGGCGUUGUUUGCAUUUUUCAAUGUACUGUACUGGUGGUACUACUUGAGCCGGGAACGAUCA